AUGGGUGAGAGCCAUAUAGAUGUUGUGAAGAAAGGAUGUGAGAUGUUUCAGAAGUGCGAAGACAUGAUCGGGAAGCUGGCGCUGUUUUCGUCUAACGAGACUAAAGAAGAUAUUAGCACCAACAAUCUCAAAUAUCUUUUGGUACCUUAUUACCUUGCGGAGUUGACAGAGAAAAUCAUACAGGACGACCGGAUUCCGAUUGUCAAAGCCUCGUAUGCAAAGUUGAAGGCAAUGGAACUUGUUCCGAAUGAGGAGUUGGAGGCUUCUUCACGAGGAGGUUCUGGUGCACUUGCUGAUCGUAGGGCUCUGAAGAUAGCUCGGUUCAAACGUCAAAAGGCUGCAGAGGCAAAGCUUCUUGAAAUUAAAGAGAGAAAGGAGCGACGUGAACGUUCCACUAAAGCAUCAGCUUUGUCGACUCCGGUUGAAUCUGAAGAAGAAGAUAUUCCAGAUGAUGACAGCGAAUAA